GACGAACACAUAGCCAAAGCUCAAUGUGAGACUUGUUAUUACGGCCCCCUGUCAACCCUUAAAUUCGAACCAAGUCCACAAUGACCUCCACAACAAAGAAGUCAAGCUCACGAAACAAUAAUGGUUCAGCCCUCAAACAAGGCACCUUGGCAUUUUCCAGUGCCAAACGCACAAAUUCACACACGACUACUAAGACGAAGGGACCUCCCCCCGCACGACGGUCAUCUUCUUUGAUUGAAAAACAGAGAAUUGAAGAUGAGGAGAUACACAACGAAGAGGACAGUUACGACGUGCUUGAGAUAUCUUCAGAAGAGGAGUACUCGCCAGCAUCUGUGAAGCGGAGUGGAGAUCUCAAUGUCACGAAAGCAUCAAAAUCUAGUUCAGUGAAGAGGCUAAAGGAUGAACCGCCUGCUGUCAAACCUGCGGAGAAAUGGUCGAGUUUAGAUGUGUCAGACAAGAACUUCCGCAAGCUCUAUGGACAAGUACGAGAAAAGAUGGGCCACCUUGAACCGAUUCAUGCCGAAGGGCAGAAUAAAAUCCAUCAGAUACUCCGUGUGUUUGACAUGUCAUACGAGUAUGGUCCGUGUGUCGGCAUGACACGUCUUGAGCGUUGGGAGAGAGCUGCUUCGUUUGGUCUCAACCCACCUGAAGAGGUUCGGCAAAUUCUCUCAACCCGAGAAGGAGUCGAAAUGGAUGAAUAUUCCCAAUGCGUUCUCUACGGAGAAGUGUAACUUUGACAACUAUUCAGUUCUAAAAGUUCCUACCGCGUUAUACCCGGGGCCGGUGUAGGUUUAGGAUAUCGGUCACGCGCGUCGCCGCGGAUGCUCCCGGACAUCCAUCACGCGAUAGGCUCCACCAUCACACCGAAGGUCGUUGUGUACUUGUUUCGUACCCCUCUGUUGUACUGAUCCCCGCUGUUACUCCUCACUUGCUAUAUUGCCAUUCGUUGCGCAUCCAAGUCGGGAUGAUCGAUCUCACGGGAGCAAGCCUCUCGAAGACCACUUUAUCAUGUCAGGCCCAGUCUUUUUUCAAAUCUGCUGUACGCCGCUGUCAUGUACGAAAAGGAUGGUCCCGGCUGCUUGUUAAGAAUAAGAUGGGGAGCGAUAUCAUUCUCAG